AUGUACACCGGAAGCUGUUUCUGCAAAAAGAUCACCGUCGAGCUGAGUGCCGAGCCACAAGUCGUCAUCUCUGGCUCGGCAUACAGCUACAACUUCAUUGUUGGCGCCGACGACUAUAAGAUCUCUGGCACACCCGAAGCAACCGACAAAGUUGCAGACUCGGGAAACAAAGUCAAGAACUAUUACUGCAAGGAUUGUGGAAGCCCUCUUUAUGGUGGUGCUGUGGCGGAAAGUGGUAUCAUUGAGAGAGUGGUCAUCAAAGGAGGUAUCUUUGAUGAUGUAAAGAACAUACAGAACCGCAAGCCUUCGGUGGAGAUCUACGUUGAACAAAGGUUGGAUUGGGUGAAGCCUGUUGAAGACUGCACGCAGUUGGAAGGCAUGCCUUCUUGA